AUGAUAAUUGAUACGUUACUUAUACGCAGCGUUCUAGGUUUUGAUCAUAAUACUAAAUCUAUUGAAGAAUUAGACUUGCAAUACGAAGAUGAAAGAAAUUCCAUGAUAGCAAUUACAGAGUCAGAAAUAAACGUUUACGAAGAUUUUUAUGAAGAAAUGGACAAUCGAAUGAAAAUUGAAAAUUCUAUGGAUAUGAUAUUCUUUGGACCUCCUAGUUCAUUUUUACGAUUGGACCCAGAAACAAUUUUACACCUUUUAUCUCAUACGAAAAAACAUUUUAUUCCUAUAUCCAGGGCACUCUUAGCUUGGGAUAUAGUUACAGAUGGAAAAACUGCAGCUUAUUUACAGGGGCGUGAAUUUUUGGCUUUCGGUAAAUUGUUAAAUGUUGUGCCAGAGGAAGAUUUGUACUACGCAAAUUUUGGAGAUCCCUCUGUCUUUAAAUAUUUUUCAAAACAUCACGUCGAUAUUAGUAAUCGAAAGUUCGGUAUCCUCGUAGCUGCGUACAGAAGAUAUUUUGGAAAUACAUGGUAUACAAAUGCAUCAUAUAUUAAUGAACUGGGAUAUUUACUGUGUGGUUUUCCCGUAUUCGACUUAGCAAAGAUAUCUCCGACAAUAUUCAAAGAUUUAACCGAUGAUGUUCUGGGUAAAUUGCGAAGGUGCAGUGUUGAUCAAACUAAGACUUUAUACGGAAUCGCUACUCAUGCAGAGGCAUAUGGAGAACCGUAUAAAUGGUCGUCACAUGAACUAGGGAGAUUGAGCACUCUUUUUAUUUGCAUACCGAAGCAGCAAAUUAGUUCUAUUACGCUAGAAGCAAUAACAGCCAUUACUCCUGCUGUAAUAAAACAAAUGAACCAGAAGAAAUUAGAGUAUUUUACAAAGCAGCAGAUUUAUAGGAUGAAUCCAAAAACUCGACGCAUUUAUAUUCUAAGAAUGCAACUAAGAAAUAGUCUAGAUACAAGCAAAAUAGCGAAAAAACGAGGAAUUAUAAUUAGUAUUUCUCAUGUAGCAUUAAAACUGAAUAUUAUGGUCACUCUUGUUUCUCAGUUAAAUGAAAGUUAUAAAAAAUAUUCCUAA